AUGAGACUCUCUCCGUUGCUUUUGGUUCCCUUCUUGUUCCAGGUGGCCACAGCCGUCAUUAACAUUACUACUGUUAGUACCUCUAUCACCAAUACAACCCCAUCCAACCUCUGUAAUUCCUAUGUUACCUCCGGUGGUCUGGGUCUGCUUGCUUGGCUGGCUACCGCCGAUUUCUAUGCCCAAUCGACCACCGACAUUGCCAUCUUAGGAACCGGAGUGAGAACAUACACGUACAUUGUGCAAUGGUUCUUCAGCUUCGACGAUCCAUUGGGGGCCACUGGGUUCAAUGUCAAUACGUUGACCGCUGCUGUAUCUGCGCUCACCACGGUUAAUGUGGUUGUUAACCCUACCCAGGGUGGCUUUAUCCUUUCUUACAAUGACACUGUCACCUAUCCAAUUUUGCUCGGCGUGGAUCUUACAAAUGGGCUUAACUGUUUCGAUUCCAUUAUUGGUUAUACCACGGGCUUUACGGGUGGUUCAAAUCCUACCACCAUUAUUUUGGGUUCCUCCGAUUUCUGGCUCAACCCGGCUAACGACUACCUGUAUGACUUGGUCCCUGUGUACUGGUGCCACACCUCCUCCUAG